UAAACGAAAUAGUUAAUUUUUUCGUACAACGCAUAUUGAUACCAGACAUGUCGGAAUCCGAGGAAAUACCAGAAUUCGUGCAGCAGCAGGCUAAAAGACAGCCCGAGGACAGUGAAUCUGAUGACGAUACGGUAACUGGGAAGCAGCCGGAUCGCAAAGUUGAAGAAGCCACUGUGUCGGCUAGCAAUAAAGCCGUGAAACGACCCUACAAUGACAAUGAAAACGAUGGCAAUGAGCCCCAACUGAAGAGGAAUCCUAGGGACAACCACGCUACGGUGGUUGCUUCCCACUACAACAAGCUGGAGGAACGCGGACUGCAGGAGCGAUCAAAGUCUCGGAUUUUCUACAUGAGAAAUUUCAACAACUGGAUCAAAAGUAUAUUGAUCAACAGGUAUCUGAAUAGGAUCAAGGAGAAGGCGGCUUUGGGCACCCCGCUAAGAGUGAUGGACAUGUGCUGCGGAAAGGGAGGAGAUUUGCUUAAAUGGAGCAAAGGAAAUAUUACGCAUCUUAUUUGCACCGACAUAGCCGAAGUCAGUGUGGAACAGUGUGAGGCGAGGUACAAGAACGUCACACAGAAAGGUGAUCACGGUGGAAAGAUCUUCACGGCGGAGUUCUUCGCCGCCGACGCGACCCUCCAGCGUUUAAGAGAAAAGUACCGUGAUCCGUCCGUCGAGCUGCAUCUGGUUAGUUGCCAGUUUGCGUUCCAUUAUUGCUUCGAAUCGCUCAAACAGGCAGAGUUCAUGUUGAAGAAUGCAGCCGAGUGUUUGAAGGAGGGAGGUUACUUCAUCGGAACCAUCCCGAAUGCUAAUGAGAUUAUGAAGCGACAACGGGCAGCCGGAAGCGAUAGCUUUGGAAACGACGUGUAUAAGAUUUCGUUCCUCUGCGACACAGAGAAGCCACCGUUGUUUGGAGCCAAGUACAACUUCCAGCUGGAUGGGGUCGUAGAUUGUCCGGAAUUUUUGGUUUACUUUCCUAUGUUGGUCAAGCUAGCACUGAAGUUCGGCUUGAAGCUGGUGGAGAAGCAGCGGUUCGAUGAGUUCUACGAGGAAUCGGUCGCCACCGGUCGGGGGUUGAUCGAGAAGAUGCAGGCCCUGGAAACCUAUCCGGGCUACUCGCGGGACGAUCGCGAGAGACAGGAGAACCAAGAGGAGUACAGUCAUGCACAGCAGUAUGUGGACCAGAAGGAAGGUCGGUUCACCAAAGUUGGAACGCUGUCCAAGGCGGAGUGGGAAGCUAGUACGCUGUACAUGUUUUUCGCUUUCCAAAAGAUGAAGAAAUCGUGGGACAAGGACGGGAAACCCGUCUAUUCGUAAACUAAACCUUCCCAUCAAAGGUGUUUGGGCCAGGAUUAAGCGACUUUUUAGGAACCUAAAAUUAAUUCUAGUUUUUUUUUUACUUUUACCAUUUUUUUGGUUAACAAUUGUGUUUUUUCAAUUUUUUCUUAUCCAUUUUUUACUGUCAGACUAGAUUUUAUGAACUUUCUGUAUGUUUACAUUUACCCUAGAAUGGGAAAUCUACUGCCCUAUAAAGCAACAGUUUUGCGCAAAAAAGGCUUCUAAGUUGCUGAUGAAGAGGCUGGUAUAAAGUUUUGAUCUAUAAUAAUCUAUACCUGUAGCGAACAAAUAAAUGCAUCUUUCUCUA